AUGGUUUCGAAGCAAACAGCGAACAAGCGAAAACGGACCUUGAACACUCUUGCCCAAAACAAGCGUCGUCGAACACGGCUCGCCUACACCAACGCAUCUGAACCCUGUCAAGGAAAUGGGCUUGCUAGCGAGAAGUUCUGGGCGGCGAGAAGGAUCCUGAAGGACAACGGGUCGCGUUACCUGGUGGAAUGGGAGGGUAUUGACCCAGCGACGGGACGUUCGUACAACCCGACAUGGGAACCGCACGACUUCGUCACUCCAGCCCUAGAAGCAGAAUGGAAGGAGAUCGUUGCUGCUCGAAGCACCGUUGUCGGACAUACCCACAGUCAAGCUCAAUCGUUUGGAGAAGCCGAUAGUCGAAUACAGUCCUUGGGCGGGUCGCCGGGACUGGUGACGGCUAAGCAACCUCCAACGAAGAGGUUACCUCAAUGUCAAAGCGCCCCGACAGCUUCUCCGCAGCAAACGCAUCAGUCACGGCGCAAUUCCGAUUCGCUCUUCCUAGAGAAACAGCAAAGCGCGUGUGCGAUAGAGGAUAGAAACUCAUAUACCUGCAAUAUCAUAAUUGCUAGGCAGAACAACGUCAUUUUGACAAUCAAUACUACGACUACACUGAAAGAAACAUCAGGCUCCAACCAGCAGAACACAGCAACCGUGAACGGUGCUGGCGAUACGGAUGAAGUGAAUUUGGGCACUAGAGAUCCGGCCGCGCUGGGCUUACGACACAGUCUGCAUGCUCAGUCCCCUGCUUGCAUCGAGAAGGUCGACAGUGUUGGCUUUAUGCAACUAUCGUCGCACUCUGGUCUUGUAGGAAAGUUCCAAGACGUAGGAUGCAAGGAAAGAGAGAUUCCGGAGAGUCCAAGUCAGGAUGGGCUGGGGCUGUCGGAGCUGGCUAGGCAGGAGCCACAAAAAGCCUAUGCUUGUACGCUUGAGGAGAAAGGUUCAUCUCCGUCGGCGCUGUUGGCAGCUAAGAAGCCUUUGGAGACACAGGAACCGCAAGAAAUGCACAGCGAGCCGGAGAUCCUAGCGUCCACGCCCAUCGCACCUACUGACGAGUCUAUUUACAGAGAGCCAGAACUUCGAGCUGAAGCUGAAGCGGUACAUUACGCAGAGACGGAGAGGGGACCUGUUCUCAAAACGGUUGUAUCUGUUCUACUUCCAGACGAAACGGUCGAGAAGCAAAGCAAGUCUCUAGUGAGCUUAGAACAAUCACUAGGACGACUUUCUCAGGAGCGCAGAACUUAUGAAAAGGUUGUGAUACGACAUGCACCGGCUGAGCCCGCCAUAAGCGAUGGACCCACAAGGCUUUUAGCACCUUCCGAGCAGUCAACAUUACCAUUUCUAAAACACGGUGGAUCCAUCCCACAACACCCUAGAAUGCGUGCAUAUACUUUACCUGUUUUAGCAAAAGAUCGUACAUCGAUUGCACCCUCAGUUUCAUCCUCACAGCUAGGAUUGAAGCUAGAUACUAAGAUCACAGCCGGGCAGACAUUUACCAGGCAGGAUGUGAAUGCCUCAGCCAGGGAGAGAAGAGCCAGAACAUGCUCUUUGCCUGCAGCGACUCCAGCAGAGUGUGCACGCUAUACUUCGGAACAAACUAGCUCUUUGGAGACUGAAGCUGGUGGUCUUCCGACUCUGUCGGCUUCAAACCGGAGCGUCAGAGGUAGUUCACCCACCUGCCAGAAAAGGUCGAAGAACUUGAAGCUUGCACAGCAGCACAUGCAGUCUCCAGUAUAUUAUCGCAGGUAUAGCCAGCGACGGACUACUCGGCCCCACGAACCACCUCAGGGUGACAUCCAGUUAUUGCAGCAUCAUGAUGCUUUCCCAAUGAGGCCCCAAAGCAGACCACGCGGCUACGACCUUGCAUACAUACUCAACGGCGACCCUAGCCUUGGUAGCAGCCAGAGAAUCCAUCAAGACCCCCAUGAUCUCAUCCGAAGUGCAGACGCUGUUGACAGUGCCGUUACUGGCGAAGAACGCAGGUAUCAAUCGCCUGCAUCGAGCGGGGAGACGGGCAGCCAUGAUCUAUCCCACGCAUCGUAUCCAAGAGAGCAAUCAUCUCUGCUUGCUCAUCGACCUCCAUCUCCACAUGUGCCUGUACCUGUUCACGAGAGAGACACAUCUAACCAAGACCGUAGAGUAACGCAUCCCAUUCAAACCCCACCCUCGUCAUACCACAACCUACCCGUAUAUAACCAGAUACCGCAGAGUAUGGGUUGUGUCACUAUUGAACCUUCUACAGUAGCGUCCGAGGCUCACCAACAAAGAGCACAAUCAUCUCGGUUUCCAUUGUUAGCUUUCCCAACUGCUGCGUUGCUAAGAUCAUCGCUAUCUUGGCACAAAUCAGCAACGAGUUCCCUGAAAACUGAGAAGCAGAAGAUGUUAGACGGAGAGCCCUUCAUGCCCUACAACUCUCAGUUAGUUGAGGAUCGAAGGCAAUGCGCAGCUGUACUACACCGCCUCAACAACACUGUCGAUGCGGUACCUGAGGCUGUACAAUGUAUGCACGAGCGCUAUUUCAGAGCGGCUAUAGAGGCAGCAUGGACUCAGCCUUGUUACGGAGACAGUCCGGUCGGCGGUCGGCUUGGUAGCAGUACACACGUUGCUACACCGUUUCACUGUGACUACGGCUAUAAUAUCACCGUUGGCGACAAUGUCGUAAUUGGACCUAAAUCCCAACUACUUGAUUCAGCCAAGAUCACCAUUGGAAGCAACACCAGGAUUGGCACAUGUGUUACCAUCACCACUUUGAAAACACCAACUGAUUUGAAAGCAUUGGAAAGGAGCUACGGUCUUGAAGUCGCUAAAGAUAUCCACAUCGGCAAGAAUGUCUAUAUCGGUGAUUGCUGCGUCGUAGGAGCCGGGGUGCGAGUUGGUGACGGUGCCAUUGUUCGUUCUGGGUCUGUCGUGGUUCAUGACAUACCACCAGACCACAUCGCCUGUGGCAAUCCAGCCAAUAUAUACAAGGCUGGCUAG